UCCUGGAUGGCGGAAUGGAAAGCUUCCAGAGCCGCUCCAACUCUUCUCUCUGUGUUUUCAGCCUGAUGCAUGGACUACCGCUUCUCUGAGAUAGCUCUCCUUCUCCACACACCGACCAUCCACAUGUCUCACGAAAUGUUUUUCCUCUGGACUACAAGCCCAGUCUUUUAAAAGAGAGAGAGAGGGAAAAAGAAAAACUCUUUGCGUUGGCUUGGUCGAACUUGAAAAGAAAAAUCUCAACGAAGGGACUCGCAAAAAAGAGGCGGCCGGUAUUCGCGUGCGAGAAGUUCUUUGCGCGCAUAAACGCAUCUCGAGCGUUUGCGUCGCUUGUUUCGCGGGAGUUUGUCGCUCGUCGGGAGGAUAACUCUGUCAACAGUUGCCUUAUUUCCAGCUCUCCAUGUAUACAGUGUGACAUGCGGAGGUUACUGCGACCGCGCUGCCGCUGCUGCUGGUGGUGGAUACCGCCUCUGCUUUUCUCCGCGCUCGUGCUCCGGUGGGCGCACGGUCAUCCCGCAUUGAUUGAUGGGACGAAGACGGACAAUCAUGACUGGCCAAUCGGUGACAGGCACCGCAGGGCGGCUGAAGAGUCCUACUGGGCCUACUCAGGGACGUACGGACCAGAUACAGGGUGGGCGGCUGCUUUCCCUGAGUGUCAGGAGAGAAACCAAUCGCCGAUCAAUAUAGCCGACCAGGACACUAAGGUCUCAAUGGAGUACCAGGAACUCACACUGGAAGGGUUCGACGCGGAGUCGUCCAAUAAGACGUCAAUGAAGAAUACAGGCAAAACCGUGGCGAUCUUCCUCAAAGACGAUUAUUUUGUGAGAGGGGCCGGACUGCCAGGCCGUUUCAAAGCCGAGAAGGUGGAGUUCCACUGGGGCCAAAACAACGGUUCGGACGGCUCCGAGCACAGCAUCAAUGGCAGGAGAUUCCCAGUGGAGAUGCAGAUCUUCAUGUAUAACUCAGAUGACUUCGACAGUCUCAACGCAGCCAUACAAGAGAAGCGUGUGAUCGCAGCCAUGUCUGUCUUCUUUCAGGUGGGGAUAAAGGACAAUCCUGCGGUAGAUCCGAUUAUUCACGGUUUGAGAGGAGUGGUCCAUCAUGAAAAAGAGACGUUUCUGGAGCCCUUCGUGCUGCGAGACCUUUUACCCUCCUCCUUAGGGAGCUACUACCGUUACAUUGGCUCUCUGACCACCCCACCCUGCAGUAAAGUAGUGGAGUGGAUUGUCUUCAGUCGCCCUGUGUUCCUCUCUUACAAACAGCUGGAGGCGUUCUACUCCAUCUUCACAACCGAACAGCAGGACCAUGUUAAAUCUGUGGAAUACCUGCGUAACAACUUCCGCCCACUCCAGAGUCUGGAUAACCGAGAGGUCUUCAAAUCCGCCGUCAAAGACGCAUGGCUGCCUGACUUGACUUACAGUCUGGGCAACCCGUACGGUACCGAGGCUUCUAAAGCGUGCAGCAGCGCUCCCAUCAACAUGAACGUCCAGCACAUGAAUAAGACGGCACUUGUGGUGAGGUGGGCCCGUCCGGAGAUCACCUAUGACCCGCCGAUUAUCAGCUACCUCAUAUCCUACAGCUGGACCAGAAACGACGAGUCAUAUGAGGAGACGCACGUCAAAGACAGUGAUCAGAAACUGGAGGCCCUCAUCGCACCUGUGUCAUCAGAUGUGUUGUACCUGUUCCGCGUUCAGGCGGUGUGUUUGAAUGAUAAGCGUAGUGACUUCAGCCAAAGCAUGCUUUUCAGAGCAAACACCACAAGAAUAUUUGAGGGUACAAGAAUAGUGAAAACUGGAAUGCCAACUGUGUCCCCAGCAUCCUCAGCAGACAUGGCACCUAUCAGCUCAGGCUCCUCCACCUGGACCUCCUCUGGUCUCCCCUUCUCUUUCGUUUCAAUGGCGACCGGAAUCGGCCCCUCAUCCAGCGGGAGCCAGGCGACCGUGGCGUCCGUUGUAACCAGCACGCUCCUGGCGGGUCUGGGCUUCAGCGGAGGCGUCAUCUCCUCCUUCCCCAGCUCCGUCUGGCCCACCAGACCUCCCCCCUCCACUCCGACUCCCGCUUCCACUCGUCAGACCCCAGCCAAGCCCGUCGUGACCAACCCUGAACCGACUUCUUCCCCACCCUCGGACGCGGAUGCAGCCGCUGAGAACGACGGAUCCGAUGAUGGAGGGGAGAAGGGAGGGAAGGGUGAAGACGAGGAUGGGGAGAAAAACGGAGAGGAAGAGGAGGAACAGGAAAAAGGGGCGGAGACUAAAAGCGGCGGGGAUCCAGAUGAGGUCGAAAAGCAGGUGAACGGUUCCGUGGCCAAAGAUCCACCCACGGCGACGCCAGAUUCAACAGCGAAGGAGAAAGGAGGAGGCAGGAAAGAAAACAGCACAGCGCCAUCUAGUGUUCCGGAAGAGCAUGUGGAGAAAAACACAUCGACAAUUGUGGAUGAGGGCGAACAGGUGGUGCCUACCAGAGACCCGGAGGAUGAUGAUGUUGAUGAUAGUGUGACGGCAGUAAUAGAGACUCCAGACAGCACGGCUCAGAACAACAAAUCCACAAGAGAAGACCGUGGUCACAUGCCACCUUUCUCUAUACAUACAGAGCGUACAGUCAUCUCCAGUAUGCACCCGGUGCCUUCGGGAGGCAGGAUGGAGUGGAUCAUUCCUCUGGUGGUGGUGUCUGCACUCACCUUCCUCUGCCUCAUCCUUCUGCUGGCCGUCCUCGUCUACUGGAGGAGGUGUUUCCAAACGGCUCAUUUUUACGUGGAAGACAGUAACUCUCCCAGAGUUGUGCCGAACGAGAGCAUACCUGUUAUUCCCAUUCCAGAUGAUAUGGAGGCCAUUCCUGUCAAGCAUUUUAUCAAACAUGUCUCAGAGCUCUAUUCCAAUAACCAGCACAGCUUCUCAGAAGAGUUUGAGGAAGUGCAGCGCUGCACAGCAGAUAUGAAGAUUACAUCAGAACACUCCAAUCAUCCUGACAAUAAGCACAAAAACAGAUACAUCAACAUCAUAGCCUACGACCACAGUCGAGUGAAACUCAGGCCUCUGGUUGGCAAAGACUCCAAACACAGCGAUUACAUCAACGCCAACUACGUAGAUGGCUACAAUAAACCCAAGGCGUACAUCGCAGCGCAGGGUCCGCUCAAAUCCACGUUCGAGGACUUCUGGAGGAUGGUGUGGGAACAAAACACCAGCGUCAUUGUCAUGAUCACCAACCUGGUGGAGAAGGGCAGAAGAAAAUGUGACCAGUACUGGCCGACAGAAAACAAUGAGGAAUACGGCAAUAUCGUGGUGACGUUGAAGAAAACCAAAGUAAUGGCCUGUUACACGCUUCGCGUCUUCACCAUCAGAAACACCAAAGUAAAGAAGGGUCAGAAAGGCAACGCUAAAGGCCGUCAGUGUGAGAGAACAGUCCUACAGUAUCAUUACACUCAGUGGCCAGAUAUGGGCGUCCCGGAAUACACACUUCCUGUGCUGACCUUUGUGAGGAAGUCCUCUGCCGCACAGACUCCAGAGAUGGGCCCUAUGCUCAUACACUGCAGCGCCGGCGUGGGCAGAACGGGAACCUACAUCGUCAUUGACAGCAUGUUACAGCAGCUGAAAGACAAGGGCUUGGUGAACAUUCUUGGUUUUCUCAAACACAUACGCACUCAGAGAAACUACCUGGUCCAAACAGAAGAGCAGUAUAUCUUCAUCCACGAUGCCUUGAUAGAAGCCAUUCUCGGUAAGGAAACGGAGGUGAGCUCCAGUCAGCUUCACAGUUACGUAAACAGCAUCCUGACGCCGGGCCCCGGAGGCAAAACGCGACUGGAGAAACAGUUCAAGUUGGUGACCCAGUGCAAUGCCAGAUUUGUGGAAUGUUUCAGCGCUCAGAAAGAAUGCAACAAAGAGAAAAACCGCAAUUCUUCUGUUGUCCCAUCGGAAAGAGCCCGUGUUGGUCUCGCACCGUUGCCGGGGAUGAAAGGCACUGAUUACAUCAAUGCAUCUUACAUAAUGGGUUUCUACAGGAGCAAUGAGUUCAUCAUUACCCAGCAUCCUCUGCCUCACACCACUAAAGACUUCUGGAGGAUGAUCUGGGACCACAACGCUCAAAUCAUUGUCAUGUUGCCAGACAACCAGGGCCUGGCGGAGGAUGAGUUUGUUUAUUGGCCGAGUCGAGAGGAAGCCAUGAACUGUGAGGCGUUUACAGUCACUCUCAUCAGUAAAGACAGACUCUGUCUCUCCAAUGAGGAGCAGAUCAUCAUUCAUGAUUUUAUCUUGGAAGCCACACAGGAUGACUAUGUUUUAGAGGUUCGUCAUUUUCAGUGCCCGAAGUGGCCGAAUCCUGAUGCUCCCAUCAGCAGCACUUUUGAACUCAUAAACGUCAUUAAAGAAGAGGCCAUGACCAGGGACGGACCCACUAUAGUACACGACGAGUUUGGAGCAGUGUCGGCUGGGAUGCUGUGCGCUCUCACCACACUAUCACAACAGCUGGAGAGCGAAGGAGUCGUGGGGGUCUACCAGGUGGCCAAGAUGAUCAACCUCAUGAGACCUGGAGUCUUUACCGACAUUGAACAGUACCAGUACCUUUACAAAGCUAUGCUCAGCCUGAUAAGCACUAAAGAGAACGGAUCCAGUCUCAUGUCCCUGGACAGGAAUGGCAGUAUGGCCAUGUCUGAAGAAUCGGACCCGGCGGAGAGCAUGGAGUCGCUCGUGUGAAGCCCCCCGAACAGGCACUUAAUCUAACUUUGUAAAACUUCAAGGACUACGACAGACUUUUUCUGAGGCCUUUUUGCCAGAACUCUUGGUUAAAAGAAUAACCUGAUUACUUUUUUACACUGAUAAAAAGUUUUUGAUAUUUAUUUUUUCGCCAUUUUAUGUCUUAAUGUUAUCCUACUGAACAUUUGCACCGGCGUUUUUUGAGUUCACGACAAACGAAACGAAACACAGUUCUGUCUAGUUUGCACUAUGAAAAUAUCAGUGUUACUGCCUACGACGCCAUCUCGAUCCGCCAUCAAGACCUUCUCACCGUAACCGGCCGUCUCUCGCAUUCAUUACUUCCCACAACACAGCUGCUCUCCGAGGUUUUCCUCAAAAUCACAACCAACACAAACGCGAUCGCACCUCGAAGGAUGGAAGACGAGAUGAAAUCCAACACAACAGAUGACCACUUUUUUGUUUGUUUGCUUUGUUAACCCUCCUGCAUCUCAAGUAAUAUAUCUAUUCAUUGCGCUUCUAAACCCAUAUUUUACUUUGUAAAGGUGGUAUUAAAACAGCUACUGUGAACUUUUUGUAUGAUUCAUAUUCUGCUUUUAAUAUAUAUGAAUAUAUCGUAUAUCAUGAUAUCUUGUGCUUUUGUAAAUGUUAGCCGUCACUACGAGCAGCCGUCACCAUUUCAAACAGGAUCCGCCGAGCCCAUGGCCUCUUUAGCACCCCCUGUUGGAUUGAUUUCUUCAUUGCUUUAUAUGCUGCAAGCUGCUACUUGUCUCGAGUACGGAAGAAGUGAUGAAAUUAUGUGAUGCAUUACAUGUGGACUUCAUAUAGGAAUUAAUUCUCUUAUUCGCCUGUUUGAUUUUGUAAUUUUAUACUGCUCUUCAUCGUUCUGGUUUGUUUUAAUAGUUCACAAAUGAAUCCGUCCCAUCCCGUAUCUUUGAGAAUAAUGUAAAUGAGUCUCUCGAUGCCUUCUGUACAGUCUCAUUUCACCCCUGCAGGUGUGAAUGUGUGUGUGUGUGACUGGUUUUACUGGAAAACUAUAGACUCAGUCGAAGAAUUUCAUCACGAUACAGACUACUAUUGAGUUUUUUUAUUUCAUGUCAGAAACCACUAGGAAAGCAGUCACUGUAAUCCCUCAUGUCAUAUAGCACAAUGGCCUUGCUAACACGCCACUUCAAAAACAGGGGACCCGUGAUUCAUUAAUUUUUACCAAAGACUACAACUGUCAUUCACUUCAGUCAUGGAAACUGUAGGAAAGUAUAUUUUAAUAUUAGGCAACGUAGUUUAAGAAGAAUGUUUUGGUGAUAAUGAUGAAUCCACAUGCUUUUCUUUUUGUUCAAAUGUCAUUUCUUUAAGAAUGAGAAUGUUCACGAAUGCUGAUAUCUUUGGAUGUGAAGAAAGCGUUUUUCUUUUUAUAUUUUAAAUGGUUUGUAGACAUUGAAAAUCUUGUUGGUUUCUCCUAAGAAGGAGGCCAAAAAAUGAAGUCACAUCUCCAACAUUUGGGGUUAUAUUCUGACUUGUAUCUUGCAAGAUGAUUGGAGGUGACAUGAUGCAUUUUGAGAUAUUUUUGAACCGUUUUGUCCUGUGGUGUCUCUCUUUUUUGCUCUAGCAGUCACACUAUACUCGUGGGUUGCAUUUGCGAACAACAUACUUGCAUUUGUAUGUAUGAAAUGUACAUAUCUUUUGUUGCUUCAUUAACCCUUCCGUUUCUGAAAGCUUUGUAUCCUGAUUAUAGGCACAAACGUAAUAUUUUCCUAUAUAUUUUUUUCUUUAUUGUGCUUGGUUUUCUUAAUGAUGGUUAUUAUUAUAUGUCCCCGAUUCAUUGGGCAAGAGGCUGACAUCACAUUCCCAACAUACUCACGUCAAUCAUGAUCUAAGAUCGUGAUUGUGGUAUUUUUUAUUUUCUUUGGAAUCUAAGUCAGUUUCAAUGUCCAGAAGUGCAAUAGACUAGCUCUUGUAAAUCAAAGAAUAAGUUUCUCCCAUACAAAGCAGGUGGGUGUCACCAUCAUAACCUCCUUUUGUAAUCCGGAAUAACACAAAACGAAGGAUUUUUGUUCUUUUUUUUAUUUCUUUUUUGUUGAAAGCUAUAUCAAAGCAUUCUAUUAUAGUGUUAUUUAAUAUGUAAAUUGUAUUGCUAUACAUAAAAUAAAAUAUGGGUUUUGAUGUACUUUAA